CAAACAGAAACUGCAGUCCCCAGUCACAGUCGCUUCAAAUUUCUAUAAUUUCCGCUCCGUUGCUAGUAACACACCGACCGAUCCCCAACCCUAAAGUCCCUUGCAACGACUCUCCGACGAUCUCCGAAUCCCUUUCCUUACCUCCUCUUUCCGAUCCCUUCUGCAAGUCAAUCUCAAUCAAAGCUACGGCCCUCUUUAAUCACGGCCCCAUUCGAGGAUGAGCAGCCCAUCUUGGUUAAUUGACAGUAAAAGAAUCGCGACAAAGAUUAAAAAUGCCUCUGCUACAGUGGACCCAAGCAAAGUCAAAUGGAUAAGCAACCCAACUAAAGCUUGUCCUAGAUGCAACCAUGUCAUAGAUAACAGUGAUGUUGUCCAGGAAUGGCCAGGGUUGCCCAAAGGUGUGAAAUUUGAUCCAUCCGACCAAGAGCUGAUAUCACAUUUGAUGGCAAAAGUUGGGACAGGUGAUGCAAAACCACAUCCUUUCAUUAAUGAAUUCAUUCUAACUGUUGAGGAAGAAGAUGGAAUAUGCUACACUCAUCCUAAGAAGCUGCCAGGUGUCAAGCAGGAUGGAAGUGUGUCUCACUUUUUUCAUAGGACUUUCAAGGCAUACAAUAUUGGAACAAGGAAAAGGCGGAAGAUAAACACUGAUGAUCUUGUAGAUGUUCGCUGGCAUAAGACUGGCAAGACAAAACCAGUAAUUGUGGAUGGGAGACACCUUGGAUGCAAGAAGAUAAUGGUUUUGUAUAUGAGCACAACAAAGGGUGAAAAACCUGAGAAAACAAAUUGGGUAAUGCACCAAUACCAUUUGGGCACAGGGGAAGAUGAGAAGGAUGGUGAAUAUGUUGUGUCUAAAAUAUUCUAUCAGCAGCAGUCCAAGCCAGGUGAUAAAAAUGGACAAGAUCUAGGUGAUAAAAAUGGACAAAAUCUCACCAUGGAGAUAGACCACAAUGUUGUUACUGAGCUAGACCCUGCUCCAGGUGCUGUACCAGGUUCUCCUGAACAGAAUUCCGGUGAUAAGCAAGACCAUGUUGAGAGACUUGAAGUGAUAUCUGGUCAGUCAAAUGUUCAUCAUUCUGGAGAUGAAGAGCAUCAUGUGCAUCUUGAGGGUGAUAAGCCUGAUGAUCAAGGUGAGCAUCCAACAGAGGAUACAAAAUGGUGGGAAGGUGAAUCACAGUACCUACUGGAUUCUCAGCAGCUAGCAGAGGGGAUUGCUAUUUGCGAGGAGUUUCUUCAGAGUCAAUCUUCCUGUGCUGGUGAAGAAGUAAAAAAGAGCAAUCUAUGCUUAUCUGAUUAUGCUGCCAUGGGUGCAGAAGCCUUGAAAAUGGACUUGGAAGAAUGUCAAAAUUUAGAUGGCACUGACCAUGCUAACAUUGAACUUGAUACUCCUCCAGAUUUCCGGCUGAGCCAACUUGAAUUUGGAUCGCAAGAUAGCUUUCUAGCAUGGCCUGGUAGUAAACUUGCAGACUGACAGUUAGACUGUCUAUUAUCAUCUUUUUUACAUGGGUGGCCUAGUGCAUCAACAAGCAGCUGCACCUUUUGUGGGAGAAUUAAACAGGCAUUUUCAUCAUCCAACUUUGCUUAUUUUGUUCUCAAUUGAGUAUAAGUUUGUGCCAUCCCCUGAAUUAAUUAGCUCACAGUUGAUGAUCACUCUUGUGAAAGAACACUUGAUAGAAUUCUGGAGAACCUGUAUUUGUAAGUUAAGAGAACCGCCACCACGUAUCAGAAGGUCUUGAUGUAAAUGCCAUUGUCCUCAGAACUUGUAAUCUAUGACAUUUGUGCUAAAAACAACGUCAAUAUCUAAUUUCUGUUUUAUGUGACA